CUGGAAGAUUGUAAGACUCAUACUCCUCAUCUGAAGAUUCAAGGAAAGCGGAGACCACACCCCUCAACAAGAAGAGAAGAAACUGGAACCCCUUACGCAAAUGGAUAACCACUUCCCUCCCAGGAAAGUUCCAAGUUUUUGUUCCUUCCGCUAUGGAUUAUCUGUCCUCUUGCAUUUCUGUAACGUUGUAAUCAUGGCUCAACAUAUGUGUCUGAGCCUCACAAUGGUAGCCAUGGUGAACAGCACAGAUGCUCACGGUUUGCCCAACACCUCCACAGGGGAGCACCUGGAUCACAGAAAGAACCCCGUGUAUAACUGGAGUCCUAAAAUCCAGGGUAUCAUCUUCAGUUCCAUCUUUUAUGGUGUAAUCAUCACCCAAAUUCCUGUUGGAUACUUGUCUGAGAAAUACUCCAUCAAGAAAAUGAUCGGCUCUGCAUUAUUCCUCAGCUCUCUACUUAGCCUGUUAAUGCCAAUGGCAGCUGAAGGUGGAGAAGCUUUCCUCCUGGCAUGCCGAGUAGUCCAGGGAGCAGCCCAGGGAUCGGUAUUCAUAGCUCAGCACGUCACGUGGGUCAAGUGGGCUCCUCCCUUGGAACGAGGCCGACUCACCUCCCUGAGUCUAUCAGGAAUUCUGCUGGGGUCCUUCAUUGUUCUGCUUGCGACUGGAUUCAUCUGCCAAUCCCUGGGCUGGCCCAUGGUCUUCUACAUUUUUGGUGCUUGUGGCUGUGCCCUAAGUCUUCUCUGGUUUGUUCUGUUCUAUGACGACCCAAAGGACCACCCAUGUAUAAGCAUCAGUGAGAAGGAAUACAUCUUGUCCUCCCUCAACCAGCAGGUCAGCUCAAGGACACAGUCUCUGCCAGUCAAAGCUAUGAUUAAGUCUCUUCCCGUCUGGGCCAUUGCUUUCGGUUCUUUUGCUUUUCACUGGACAAAUAAAAUCAUGGUUUUGUACACUCCAACGUUUAUCAACUCCAAGCUUCGUGUGAACAUAAAAGAGAAUGGGCUGCUAUCAUCCCUCCCCUAUUUGUUUGCCUGGAGCUUUGGUAUCCUAGCAGGUCACCUGACAGACUUCUUCCAGUCCAGGAAUAUUCUCCGCUUAAUUACCAUCCGGAACCUCUUCAACACACUGGGACUUCUCCUGCCUGCCUUCUUCAGCGUGUGCCUGCUCUACCUGAGUUUCAGCUUCUCUAGCACUACCAUCUUCCUGAUACUUGCCAGUUCAACAGGAACCUUUUGUAUGACUGGAGUACUCAUAAAUGGCUUGGAUAUUGCUCCCAGUUAUUACGGAUUUCUUAAAGGAGUUACAGCUGUAAUUGGGAUGAUAGGAGGACUCAUUUCUUCUACUCUGUGUGGAGUAAUCCUUAAUCAGGAUCCAGAAUCCGCCUGGUUUAAAAUUUUCUUCCUCAUGGCAGUCAUUAAUGUGAUAUGCCUACUUUUCUGUCUCAUCUUUGGAAAAGCAGAAAUUCAGGACUGGGCUAAAGAUAGACAAGAACACACACGCCUCUGA